AUGCUGGUGGCACUGCUUCUGCCCUUCCUAUGCCUCCUGACCCGGGCUGCUGCUGGGAGGCUGCUGGUGAUCCCCAUGGACGGCAGCCACUGGCUCAGCAUGAAAAAAGUGCUGAUGGAGCUGAGCAAGAGAGGGCACCAAAUCGUGGUCAUUGCAUCAGACAACAAAAUCCUGAUCGAUUCCUCAGAUGUCUACGAACUGAAAACCUACCCAGUGCUAUUAACAAAGGAAGACAUGGAAGAACAGUUACGCUCCUUCAGUGCAAGACUUUUCAGCCAAGAGCCUUUCAUGGUGAGGUUCUGGAAGCGUUUGGAAGAUUACCGGAAGAGCGGAGCCCUUUUCCAUGCUUUGUGCAAGUCGUUGUUGCACAUCCAGGAGCUGUUGAAGUACAUUGGAGAGGGUCACUUCGAUGCCCUGCUCACGGAUCCUGUGUCACCCUGUGGGCAGAUCAUUGCCCUGCACUUCUCCAUCCCCAGUGUUUUCUUCCUGCGGAUGGUUCCGUGUGCCUUGGAGGUUCGCGCGGCUCAGGGCCCGGACCCGCCGUCCUACGUCCCACGGGGGUUCUCAGAAUACACCGACCACAUGACCUUCUCCCAGAGGGUCAAGAACUUCCUGAUUGCCCUUUCCGAGUCCUUCAUCUGCAAUAUUGCCUAUUCUCAGUUUGAGGAGCUGGCCUCAGAGUUCCUCCAAAAACCCAUGACAAUGACGGAGCUUUUAAGUCACGGAUCCAUCUGGCUGAGGAGAAUCGACUUUGUCUUUGAUUAUCCCAUGCCUGUCAUGCCCAACAUGGUUUUCAUUGGAGGCAUCCACUGUGGAGAGAAGAACAAGCCCUUAUCUCAGGGGUAA